AUGAGCAACAAACGACAAGUUUGGAUUACUCUACACUACCGGGACCGAUUUUCUCUCGGCGAGCACGGAAAGCGACUCGGCUAUGCCGCAUACCACUGGUCAAUCCUCAUCACCCCCAAGCAGUCCAAAGGCGCGGACUGUUAUGCGUACGACCCCAAUGUCAGCCCAGAGCUCAGAUCCCACUUGCUUGGAGCAAUAAUGAUCGGAAAGCUGCCAAAGGAGGUGUCUUUUUCGGAAAUCAAAACUUAUCUGAACUCAAUUCCGGUUCUUGUCAAGGGGGUGGAGCCGGAGCAAAACUGUUUCGCGGUUGAUGGAUUCAUGGACGAUGCGCUUUGCUACGCUGAUGAGCGCAUGGAGGACCCCGAAAAUGUUCAGCGGAAGAUUAACUACACCAGCCGGCCAAUGUAG